AUGGCAUCGACUACGGCCUCCACGCCUUUCUCUGUUACAGGCAAGACGGCCAUCAUUACCGGCGCAGGAUCUGGCAUCAAUCAUUCGUUUGCUGAGCUCCUCCUGUCAAGAGGCUGCAACGUUGUAAUUGCCGACCUUGGCCUUCGCCCGGAAGCCGAGGAGCUCGUCUCCAAGCACAGCGACAAGGCAAAGAGCCCCCGAGCCAUAUUCACCAAGACAGACGUGACGUCCUGGCCGGAUCUCAACCGCAUGUUCGAAGUCGCCGUUGCGGAAUUCGGAGGCUUUGAUAUCGUCUGUCCCGGAGCAGGUAUUUACGAGCCACACUGGUCCAACUUUUGGCACCCGCCAGGAUCCCCGGAGAGCAAGGAUGCCAUCGAUGCUGGCCGCUAUGCUCUUCUGGACAUCAAUUUAACACAUCCCAUUCGGACGACCCAGCUCGCUCUGCAAUAUUGGAUCGGUCCUCCAAAGUCUGGAGCCGGUACCCGACCUCCCGCCCCGGCACCGGUGUCCAUCGACAACCCGAAACGAGUGGUGCUCAUCUCCUCUAUCGCAGCGCAAAUCCCGACAUUCCGAGCUCCGCUGUACGGCGCAUCAAAGCAUGCGAUUACAGGAUUUACGCGGUGUCUUGCCGACCUUGAACCAAAACUAGGCGUUCGUGUCACUGCUGUAGCUCCGGGACUCGUCAAGACGCCGAUUUGGACAGAACACCCCGAGAAGCUGGUCAAUCUAGAUCAAGAAAAGGAUGGCUGGAUCACCCCGGAGCAAGUGGCCAAUGUCAUGGUGGAAUCCAUGGAAAAAGAGACAAUCGUGGGUGGAACUGUGCUGGAGAUUGACAAGCAUAAAACACGGCACAUCCAAGUGUACAACGAUGUCGGACCGGAUUUUAGCCCUGGCGGAGGAAUAGUAGCUAGCAGGUCGGCUGAGGGUGAUAACAUGGUCUGGAAUUGGCUUGGAGAUGAGAGCAUUUGGGCUGUCCACGAUUGGGGCAACCAAUAG